AUGGAAAAUCUGCCACCAUCAGUCGAUACUGAUGACACAUAUAUGAAAAGUCUUUACAGGUGUUAUUAUCAGAAACGCGCUGAACUGGAAAAUGAAGUGGUUAUGCUACGAGAGCUUAGACAUCCACAUUAUAUUGUUGAAAUUAAAAUGCUUGAAGAAAAGUUUAGUGCAGAAUUAGAACGCGAAGAAAUUGCUAAUCAGCUGGAAAAUGAACGGAUCCAAGAGCGCUACGAGCGAGAGAAGAAAGCAGCUGAAAAAGAGCUUGAAGAACGUUUAACAGAACUAAUGGAAACUAUGAUACAGGAAUGUGAAGAGCUAAGGAAAAAGAUUGAACAUGAAUUUCAUAAUUCAGAGAUUUCCAGUGCACCAGGAAGUGACUACCCGAACAAAAAAAGUCUUAGGAGGCGUCCUAAUGAACCAACGCCAUAUAAUGAGAAGCAAGCACAAUCUAAAAGUCAGCUGAGCAUACCAGAUUCUUUAACCGAACAGGAAAUUCAGCAAGACUUACUUUUGCUGGAUGAAGCAGAACGGAGGCGUCCUUAA